UUUUGCUGUUUGCCAAACGACCCUUUAGAGCCACGCGCUUUAACUCCGCUCAAGAUAACGAACCGCUACGAUCCAUUUUCACAGAUCAGUAACCGAGAGUGGUUGUCGAGCGCGUAAGAUUCGCGUACGUAUGUUUUUGCUACUAGCAAUUCUGAGAAGCCUCCAUUUCCAAGUUGGUCCAUAUGGAUUCGUGUGCAGGAGUGGUGGGGUUAGGUGAAGAGGGAGAGUGGCGCUAAACUUCGGAGUCAGCGCAGCAGUUGUUGAGGACAAGAACCGGUUUUAUCCAAUAGCAGGCAGUCAAUGUACUGGGGAUGAUAUAAAGGGGAUGCAGGGAGUGCGCAGAAACCAUUGAAGAGGCAGUUGGGUGAGACGGAAAUGGAAGCGCGGUGUUCUGGAAUUGAAAGGAAUUCGGAGGACGGAGGUUCCAAAGCUCUCGCUCCUGAUGAAAUUUCGCAUUUGGCUCUGGACAUUGGAGGCACUCUGAUUAAGUUGGUGUAUUUCUCAAGGAAUGAUAGCUGGUCGGUUGAUGAUAAAGGGGCAAAGUCUCCAAAGGGGGAUUCUCCUUUGCGAGUUUCUUGUAGUAAUCUAGACUAUCCUAUUCUUUACGGAAGGAUCCAUUUUGCAAAGUUUGAGACAAUCAAAGUCAAUGAAUGCCUAGAGUUUAUUCGUUCGAAGAAGCUUCUCCAUGGUGGUUGUUGGCAUCAUGAAGCUCCUGUCUCUGACAAGAAUGUUAUUAAGGCCACAGGCGGUGGGGCAUAUAAGUUUGCUGAUCUCUUCAAAGAGAAUCUUGGGCUCAAUCUUGACAAGGAAGAUGAAAUGGAUUGUCUUGUUAGUGGAGCAAAUUUUCUGCUUAAGGCAGUUCACCAUGAAGCCUUUACAUAUAUGGAUGGCCAGAAGGAAUUUGUGCAGAUUGAUCAUAACGAUUUGUAUCCCUACCUGCUUGUUAAUAUUGGGUCUGGUGUUAGCAUGCUCAAGGUGGAUGGAGAUGGCAAGUUUGAACGAGUUAGUGGAACAAAUGUAGGUGGUGGCACUUUUUGGGGCUUGGGAAGGCUUCUAACGAAGUGCAAGAGUUUUGAUGAGUUGCUUGAGUUGAGCCAUCAGGGAAAUAAUAGAGUGAUAGACAUGCUUGUUGGAGAUAUCUACGGUGGAAUGGACUAUUCGAAGUUUGGUCUUGCAUCAACAACCAUUGCUUCUAGCUUUGGCAAGGCAAUUUCUGAAAAUAAAGAGCUUGAGGAUUACAGACCUGAAGAUGUUGCUCGCUCUCUCUUGCGAAUGAUUUCUAACAAUAUUGGGCAGAUAUCUUAUUUGAAUGCACUUCGAUUUGGGCUCAAGAGGAUAUUUUUUGGAGGAUUUUUCAUCCGGGGUCAUGCUUAUACAAUGGAUACAAUUUCUGUUGCAGUUAAUUUUUGGUCGAAAGGUGAAGCAAAAGCAAUGUUUUUGCGGCAUGAAGGAUUUCUAGGGGCAUUGGGUGCAUUCAUGAGCUAUGAAAAGAAUAAUUAUGAUGGCUUGAUGGUUCAUCAGUUAGUGGAACAGGUCUCAACCAGUGCAUCUUACUCUGGGGAUAAGAUUCACAGCUCACUAGCUGGGGAUUUGAAUGACAGUGAAAGUAUAGGUUGCAGUGUCUAUACAACUUAGCCGUGGAAUUGUUUUCUCCUCAAAUGUUCUAAACAAGGCAAUUCUUCAUGGGUGGCCUGCACCUAAUGUGGUUAAAGAGUUGAAACUUGAUUAACUUGCAUAAUAUUCAUUACAAUGUUGUAAGACCAACGUGUUUAACCACAGAGAAUUAAUAAACAAGAGUGCAAAUGGGGGAGGGGUUGUGUCCCUCCCCCCGCAAUUAUUUAAAGAUCUAUACGGAUAUUGUCCAGAGCAUAUGAAGCAGCACAGUUGUGACA